GACUGAAGAUCCGUCAGAUCUCAACCCGAGCACCAUCUCAUUCCUCUAUUUAUUUCACGACGAUCGACGAUGAGGGCAAGGCUAUUACUACUUCUUCUUUGCUUCCUACCUUCGCUCAUUGCUUCCCGUGAUGAUUCUCAUGACAGCAGCAGCGACAGCGAUGAUGAUGAAGCGUGUCCAAGCCUUCCUCUCUCCGAUCAUCUUUUGGAAUUCUACAUUGGAGGAAAGUGGGUCGCUCCCACGCCAUUGACUGCUGCUGCUGAUGAUGAAACUACUACUACUACCAACUCUUCCUCAUUUCAAACCAUGAAUGUGAUCAAUCCCUCCACCGAAGAAUCCAUUGCCACGAUUGCCUUGGGAUCCCUCGCCGAUACCAACGCGGCCGUCCAAGCGGCCCGCGAUGCCCUUUCCACAUGGUCGCAGCAAACAUCCAUUCCCGAACGAAUUGCCUUGGUCGAACAACUCUUGCACAUUUACGACCAACGACAAGAAGAAAUGGCGCAGCUCAUCUCUGCUGAAAUGGGGGCACCCUUGGAUUUUGCACGAGAAGCACAAGUAGGAUCGGGUCUCUAUCAUAUCGAGCAAUUCCUCCAAGCCAUGGAAUACUUUGAACCCGAAAAACUCUUGCCGGGGGUAAUUAUGCAUGACAAUGACAAUGAGAAUAAUCCCACCACGCUCAUUUUUCAAGAACCCGUUGGUGUGGUGGCACUCAUUACCCCCUGGAAUUGGCCCAUGAAUCAAGUCACACUCAAAGUCAUUCCGGCCCUGUUGGUGGGAUGCACUUGUAUCCUCAAACCUUCCGAAGUGGCUCCCCUCUCGUCCUUGCUCUUUGCCGAAAUGAUCCAUCAAGCAGGAUUCCCACCCGGUGUCUUUAAUUUGGUCAAUGGCGACGGGGUCGGUGUCGGGACACAGCUCAGUUCCCAUAUGCACGUUGAUAUGAUUUCCUUUACCGGAUCCACACGAGCGGGAAAACUCAUUUCGCAAGCGGCCGCACUGAGCAAUCUCAAAAAAACAAGUCUCGAAUUGGGUGGCAAGGGAGCCAACAUAAUCUUUGCCGAUAUUGUUGAUGAUGGCUUGCAAGACAUUGUCAAAGCGGGUGUCUGGAGUUGCUUUGAUAAUUCCGGUCAAAGUUGCAACGCUCCGACGCGCAUGUUGGUGGAACGAAGCAUUUACGACACUGCCAUUCAAAUUGCCAAUGAUACGAUUCAUGGAGACGAUAUCGUCUUUCGGCCCGCGCACCACGAAGGUGACUUUUACGGUCCCGUUUCCAGUCGGGUGCAAUACGAACGAGUUCAACGAUACAUUCAGCUUGGCAUGGACGAAGGAGCCACCUUGGUGGCGGGUGGAUUGGGACGGCCGGACGGUGUGACACGAGGGUAUUUUGUGCGACCCACCAUUUUUGCCGACGUCACACCGGACAUGACAAUUAUGCAGGAGGAAAUCUUUGGACCCGUCUUGUCCAUCAUGCCAUUUGAUACGGAAGAGGAGGCGCUGGAGAUUGCCAAUGGCACGCCGUACGGACUGUCCAAUUACUUUUACACACGAGAUAAAAGUCGAAGACGGAGACUGGCCAAAUCUCUCAAAUCUGGCAUGGUGGAGAUCAACGGCAUAGGUGCCGAUGAAGGUGCCCCGUUUGCAGCAGUCAGGGCCAGUGGCAAUGGACGAGAAGGGGGUCUAUAUGGUCUGGAAGACUUUUGUGUCAUCAAAGUGGUUUCGGGUAUGUAGUGGGACUACCAGAUGCACUA